CAUAUAUCAAUCACAAAAUAGGCAUGAUUUUGUCAUCCGUCAUAUUUUAUGUGUAAAAAGAAAGUAUAUUUAGUUUCUUAUUAUCUGUGUGACAAAUAGCAAUUAUGAAUGCAGAUAAGCAAGACACUUUGGAAGAUAUAUUUAAUAAACAAGACAAAAAGUUGCAUCAACUUGAUGUGGCCACAGUAUUAAUAAAAGCUAAGCAAAGUGUAAAAAGUGACCUUCAAAAAAUAUACAAUGAAGUACAAAAAAUUUCAUAUGGUAUUGAGGAUAUUAGGAAAGAUUUAGAGAUAAUGAAGGAGCAAAAUGUUCGUCUCAAAGAAUUAGCAUCACUAACUGAUGUGUUAAGCAAAAAAAUUAUAAAUCAAGAAGAAAAUGUCCCACCAGAAUUGAUACAGGGUUAUCUAAAUGCAAAGAAACAAACAUAUUCUCAAACCAGUAUUUCUUCAAAUAUGUUGGAAUGUACCAUAAAUUCAACUCAUAAAUUAACAGGAAAAAAAACACCUAGAACUGGCUGCAUUAAUAUUGAAAAGCAAGAAAUGAUAAAAAAUUGCAAGAGGACACUUUUUAAUGAGCCAGAAAUAUGUCCAACAAUGUUAUCUAUUACUGUAGAAGAGUUUAGUAAAGUACCUAAAUACAUGAUUGGAAGACAAUCUUUAGAAACAAUCAAUACCUUGAUAAAUGCCUUAAAUCAAACCUUACUGGCAAAAUACACAAUUUUAUCAUUGGGAAAAGCUGCUGCUCAAAAAAAGGGUGAAAUUAAUCUAUAUCUACAUUAUAGGAAACAAGAGUUUGAUGUUCAAGAUGAAAAUGGAUACCUCUACUUUUUUACAGCUGAAGAUUAUUACAGACAAACAAAAACUAAACUCGACAAAACUAAAUUAAAUUUGAUAACUGUGUUGCGUCAUUGUAAACGUUUACGCGAAUGCAGAAUAAAAAAUGAUUUGCGAUAUGUUAUAAUACAGCGUUAAUUAAUAUAUUAUGUG